AUGCCAACCUCACCUCAGAACCCUGUGAUUCCCACUGAAGCCGCUUCCAAGGCUGAGAACGAUGCGACAGCAACAGCAUCGACCACAGCCAGCCCUGGACACGAGCCGACAGAGGCAACACAGAUAGCCCUUGCGAAAAACUGCGGCGACGAGGCAGGCCUUUUCCUGGCACCCGGGCUCACCAUCCCCCGCCCGACCAAGACCGUCGAGUGCAACGUGAUGAGCUACACGGACGGCGAGGGCGUCGCCCGGCGGAUCUACAUGCCAAAGGGGACCGCGGGACUCGCAGGCGCCUUAUACACGGCCAAGAGGUUCGACGACCUGGCCAGGUUCCCUGCCUGGGGUGAGUGA